CCACAGAAACUAACCCAAUCCUAUGUUCGUUCUCUCUCACGAUUGCGCCAUCAACGAGCGCGAUCGAGCAGGGAGAGUAGGCACCUCUCCGGCGCCGGUCAACCUCGAUUCCGGCGAUAUAGGCGAGAGAGAGAGAGAGGAAGUUUGUGCUCGCGCGAGAGAGUGUUGUGCAGUGAGCAGCAGGGAUUGGAUUCAUCAUCCGGUGACGCGCACGAGCAGUGGCGAAAUAGGCUCGAUUAGUGAGUGGCAAGCAGUGGUGGAAAGCUCUGUCAACGCUCGGCGUGGAUUACCGGCUGUUUUCAUCGUUUAUUUUGUGUCUAAAUUGUUACUUGUGGACCCGAAGCGUAUCAUUGAGCACUUUUUGUACCGGAACAGGUCCUCACCAUGGAUGUGGAUUCUAAACCUACAAUGGAGGAAACUAUAUUGGUGGGUGAUGAUCUCAUGACGGGACCGCCCUCACCCAUCAUUCCACCUGAAAUAGCAUCUCAUGUACUAGAAGGUGUUAAUCUAUGCGAUGGAAUUCUGCGGAAUCUGUUUUUGUGUCUUCAAAUUAAUGAUAUUGAGCCAUUUUGUCAAGAUGAAAUUGCAUUAUACAAACAGUGUGCAGAGAGAAGGGAUAAUCAAUUGAGACAACGGCUUCAAGAUAGUGAACGGAAAUUAGGGAUGUCAAUGCCUUUGGAACAAGCAAAGGAAAGAUAUAAGAGCUUAGAAGCAGAAGCAUCAUUGUUGGAAAGGCGCCUGAUUUUGGCAAGUGGAGUUGAAGGCGUGGAAGGAUUUCGCCAAAGAUGGAGUCUGCACGGUCGCCUAACUGAUACAAAGAAUCGACAGGAUGCCUUGAAGCAAGGAUUGGAAAACCGAAAGGACGAGUCAAUUGGCGAAUCGACCAACAAGAAGAGAUGGUUCUUUUGGUAAUGACAACAUUCUUUUAUCACAUCUUUCUCCUCUUCUUGAGAUGCCUUGAUGAAAUUAUUAUUAGAUAAUAUAAAGAUGCACGUGCCUUGAUGAAAUUAUUAUAGUAUUAUAUUUAAAAAUUUAUUAUUAUAGUUAAAUGUAAAAAUUAAAAAAUAAAGGAAAUUUAAUUAUAAAGAUCUUAGUUUUGAUUAGGGAGUCCAUAAAAGGUUAGGAACAACUUGGAAGUACACAUCUUUAUAGUUCUAACUAGCAAUUAUGUCACCAAUGUCAAAAUAAAUCAUGUAUAAAUCAUUACUGUUGGAACAACAAAAAACUUUAUUCAUGUUUUUAGGCAAAAGAUUUGGGGUGUGUUUGGUUGUAAUUUUAAAUUCAUUAAAAUACUAUUUAAAUAAAAUUUCAAAUCGUGACGAGGGGCUCUAUUAUUCUUGUUGUGGAGAAUUUAUGAUAUAUUAUACUUCUUAAAAGUGUUACGGUGGAAUAAUUCACAAGUAUGAUUUGUAUGUUCAUUAUUAUAGUAUGUUUUCAAUAUAAUUAAUAAGUAUAGUAAAUAAUUUUUUACUUAAUCUCAGAUUUUAAUCGACUAUAGUAAAUAAAUAAAUUAAAUAUAAUAACAUAGGAUAAUUUACAUAAUAAAUGAAAACCACAUAA